AUGAAGCUCCUUUUUCCUAUCUUUGCCAGCCUCAUGCUACAGUACCAGGUGAACACAGAGUACUUUGGCUUGAGAAGAUGUUUAAUGGGUUUUGGAAGAUGCAAAGACCACUGUGGUGUGGAUGAAAAAGAGAUACAGAAAUGCAAGAAGAAAAAAUGUUGUAUUGGACCAAAAGUGGUUCAAAUGAUAAAAAACUACAUGCAAAAUGAAAUGUCCCACACACUUGGAGAGAGCUACCAAGAACAUCUACAAACUACCAAGAAUUCUGAUGCUGAGAUACAAACAAAAAAUAAGAUUUUACCUCUUCUCCCCCAAAUCGUAAGGAUCAACCAUUUUGCCAACAUCAACACCCUCAUCAUCCCAAACACCACCAAUGUAAACUCUGCCAUCACCAACCCUGUGUUCUCAGGAAAGAUUUCAUAUACUGCUAUUUCUACCAAGAGAGACACCAAAGAAAUCAGAAACUUAGCUGCUGACUUCCCACCACCAGCACCACCACCCUUAGAACUACCAACGACAUGACUGGAGCUGGAGGAAGCAGAUGAGCAGGGAUGUGGGCCUUUCCCUUAA